AUGCUAACAUCCCCGGAAUAUACUACUGUGACAGACCCAAUAACAACACAGGAGCCUACAAGUUUUGAUUCUUCUACCACUCCAAUGAAACAUACUACUGUGACAGACCAAAUAUCAACACAGGAGCCUACAAGUUUUGAUUCUUCUACCACUCCAAUGAUAACUUCCCCAGAAAAUAUGACUACAACACAGGAGCCUACAAGUUUUGAUUCUUCUACCACUCCAAUGCUAACAUCCACAGAAUAUACUACUACCCAAUAA